GCGGCGGCGGCAGGUGCUGCGGGGCGGGAGGAUGGCAGCGGGGGACGCGGAGCAAGUGCGGUACUGCGGCCGGCUGUCCUACCUCUGCCUCAAGAUCACCCUCAUCGUCUACGCUACCACGUUCUGGGUGAUUGGAGCCCUUGUCCUCGCAGUUGGGAUUUAUGCAGAAGUUGAAAGACAGAAGUACAAAACUCUAGAAAGUGCCUUUCUAGCCCCAGCAAUUAUUUUAAUUCUUUUGGGAAUUAUAAUGUUCCUGGUAUCUUUUGUGGGUGUAUUGGCCUCUUUAAGAGACAAUUUAUGCCUUCUUCAAGCAUUCAUGUACAUUCUUGGUAUCUGCUUGCUGAUUGAGCUGACUGGUGGGGUGGUGGCCCUGAUCUUCAGAAACCAGACAAUCAAGUUUUUGAAUGAUAAUAUUAGAAGAGGAAUUGAGAAUUACUAUGAUGACUUAGACUUCAAGAACAUCAUGGAUUCUGUUCAAAAGCAGUUUAAAUGCUGUGGAGGGGAAGAUUAUAGAGAUUGGUCCCAAAACGUGUACCACAGCUGUGCGGCGCCGGGGCCGCUGGCCUGCGGGGUGCCCUACACUUGCUGUGUCACAAAUAAGACAGGCAUUAUCAACACGAUGUGUGGGUACAAAACCAUUGACCAAGAGCGCUUGAGCGUGCAGCACGUUAUCUAUGUCCGAGGAUGCACGAAUGCAGUGCUUAUUUGGUUUCUGGACAACUACAGCAUCAUGGCUGGUGUGCUGCUUGGCAUAUUGCUGCCCCAGUUCCUGGGGGUGUUGUUAUCCUUGCUUUACAUAACUCGGGUGGAAGACAUCAUCACCGAGCACAAGCUCAGCGAGAGACUGUUUGAAGAAGCAGGGCAGAGAUCUGCCCCUGACUUUGCAGGAGCUGGCUGCUGCAUGUGCUACCCGGGCUGACUUUGGAAACCUCAAAUAGGGUUAAAAACAAGAAGGCACAGCCACCUGUCCUGGUUUGUGCUGGCUGUUACAGACUGCGGUUGCAAAUAGUGGUGGUGGGUUGGCAGCGCCGAUAAUCCCACAGCCUCGUCGCUCUCGGUGUGUCUGCAGCCGAAACCACAGCUGAGUGAUACUACUGAUCUACGCACACCUCCUUUAGCAGGAGGUUGGACUAGAUGAUCUCUAGAGGUCCUUUCCAACCUCUGCUAUUCUGUGAUUGUGUGAUACGCAGCUGGGAAAACUGAGAAGAUUGAAAAGUAGGUUUGUAGGAGGAGCCUUUGCGCCUUUGGGAUAUCGUAUUGAAAUGUUUGUCCUUUCCCACUCGAUUUUCUUACUUCUUCCAAGAAAAAGGUUUCUUAGCAAUCGACAUGGUGACUAUUAAACAUGUGUUUAAUAAAGUUUUUCUGCUAAUCUCGAUGAAUUUACUGACAAUAAUGGAUGUGAUGCUGAACACUUUCAUUGCUCAGUCUUUGUGCCUUCUAAUAAUGGGGGGAAUGCCAGUGUUGAAUCAGUCAGGUAAUGCUUGAUAUAUUUUUAAUGCAAUUUGUUACUGUCUGGCUUUUUUAUCAGCUUACAAGGUGUCUGAUUCUUGUAUGUACUGUAUAUUUCCUCUUUAGUAAAUUAACUAGGUGAUUUAUGAUUUUAUUUUUGGAGUUCUGUAUGUUGAGAUGUUUUAUUCUUGUCAAAAUAAAAUCAAGGAGUUG